GUCCACGCCGGGGUGAUGGCGGCGAUGCUCUCGCAAUCCUACGGGCUGCCCGGAGCGGCGGCGGCGGCCGGGAUGCCCCCCGGAUCGGUCUUGAACGGAGAGCAGGCGGCGCUGCUGCGAAGGAAGAGCGUCAACACCACCGAGUGUGUCCCGGUGCCCAGCUCCGAGCAUGUGGCCGAGAUCGUGGGCCGGCAGGGUUGCAAAAUAAAGGCCCUGAGAGCCAAAACAAAUACGUACAUCAAGACCCCUGUCCGUGGAGAAGAGCCCGUUUUUGUGGUCACUGGACGCAAAGAAGAUGUCGCCAUGGCCAAAAGGGAAAUUCUUUCUGCUGCUGAGCACUUCUCCAUGAUAAGAGCUUCACGCAACAAAAAUGGCCCCGCUCUGGGAGGGCUGCCUUGUAACCCCAACCUGCCAGGCCAGACCACAGUCCAGGUCAGGGUGCCUUACCGUGUCGUCGGGCUGGUGGUUGGCCCCAAAGGCGCUACGAUCAAAAGAAUUCAGCAGCAAACCCAUACCUACAUAGUUACUCCCAGUAGAGACAAAGAGCCAGUUUUUGAGGUGACCGGCAUGCCUGAAAACGUAGACCGGGCCCGGGAAGAGAUAGAAAUGCACAUUGCCAUGCGCACUGGAAACUACAUUGAGCUCAACGAAGAAAACGAUUUCCAUUACAACGGUACAGAUGUAAGUUUUGAAGGAGGAAACCUUGGAUCUGCCUGGCUUACUUCCAACCCAGUCCCACCUCCCAGUCGCACCCGGAUGAUUUCCAAUUACAGAAAUGACAGCUCCAGUUCUCUAGGAAGUGGUUCCACCGACUCCUAUUUUGGAAGCAAUAGGUUGGCUGACUUCAGCCCGACCAGUCCAUUCAGCACUGGCAAUUUUUGGUUUGGAGAGACCUUACCUUCCGUGGGGGCAGAGGAUCUCACCGUCGACUCUCCUGCCUACGAUUCCUUGCCAACACCUUCUCAGACCAUCUGGACACCUUUCGAACCCGUCAACCCACUCUCCAGUUUUGGUAGCGAACCUGCUAAUAAUGUGAAAUCUCCACGGAAAGGGAGUCAGCCAUCCACACCUCGCUUGUCACCGACGUUUCCCGAGACCUUGGAACAUCCCCUAGCCCGGAGAGUGAGAAGCGACCCUCCCAGCACAGUCAACCAGGUUGGCCUUCCCAUCUAUAUCCCUGCCUUUUCCAAUGGUACCAACAGCUACUCUUCUUCCAACGGUGGUUCCACAUCUAGUUCCCCUCCGGAGUUAAGACGGAAGCACGACUGCGUGAUCUGUUUUGAGAACGAAGUAAUCGCUGCCCUGGUUCCAUGUGGCCACAACCUUUUCUGCAUGGAGUGUGCCAACAAGAUCUGUGAAAAAGAAGCACCCUCGUGUCCAGUUUGCCAGACAGCUGUUACUCAGGCGAUUCAAAUUCACUCUUAAAUAUAUAGAGAUAUUAUAUAUGGACUUUUUAAACUCUUAAUGGCUUGGAUGUAAUGGUACCCCCUAAGUAAACCUAUAAUGAACUCAGACUGUUAACUGGGCUUUCUUGAGAUUAGGAUAACAAAUUGUUUGAAAAGCAUGUACUCUUUUCAAAAAAACAAACAAAGGCUUGUUUAGUUAACCUUAUAGGCCUAAGCCAGUCUUUCUCCAUUUCGGUUGCAGCUGUGGUACCUCUAGCAAAGUCCUGGAAGGAAGCCGUGAUGUUGUUGGGAAGUCUUAGGGGCUUAGAUCUGUUUUUGGAGCAGGAGCAUACAAUGAGCAUUCGCAGUCUGUCCAGAUCUCGACAAAGUAUUUCUAAUAAUGGCAGUGAAAGCGAAGUCUCGCGUAGCCCCUGAGCUUAGAAACUAUUAUGGGGUGGGGGGUGGGAAACGGUGCAAAGGAUCAUGAAUGUUUCAAAAUUCUUCCAGCGCUGCCUUCUUUACACUGCCAGGUUUUUCAGAGCAGGUUUGGGGAUGCUUUUUUUUUUCCCCUCUUUACAACAAUAACAGGCUUCAUUUAACUAACGUUGCAAAUAAUUUUACCGUGCAUCAGUUGGUUUCCUGCCAUUCAAGCGAGUAGCCAAGUGAGAGGUUUUUUAUUAAUGAGAUCAUGGCUCGUGGAGGACCGAAGGGGCAAACGGGGAUGAAUGAAGCCCCUUCUCAUCCAGUAAUGUAAUUUGAGGCAACUUUGAGUGAAUCAGGAACGCGUGGGUCUUCCAUUGCUGAAGCCUGGAAAAGCCUUCUUGGUUUCAAAUCAUUGCCAAGGAACAUGGGAGGUCCAACCCCAGACACAGAGGGGCCCCCAGUGGUGGCAGUUUGCUUAUUUAUUGGCAGGGGGCAUCUUAGAUAAUGCGCUCUACAUGUGAAUUGCUACUACCUUCCAUUGAAAGGAAGGCGUCCCUUUGUGCCCUUGGUGUUCAUCACACAAUACAAGGUGCAAUUCAUGAUGUGAAUUGUGAUGUUAUGACGUGUCUGUAUGGAUCCCCUUCCCCACCCAUUUCUGCUUCUUGCAGACCCAGGGUG